UCGACAGCGCGUGAGACCCUCACUCACACCCGACCAUCAAAACACAGGUUGCCACAGUCACAGAAGUGUCUGGUCAGUGUCAGUAGUCUGUGGAGACAGUGUGACAAGUGACAGUGUAGAUGUGGUGCAGUUAGAGACAGGAUGAGCACAGAGCUAUCACCCCCACACACGCCACCACCCCUGCAAUACAAGAUGUAUCAGAAGCCUGUUGACAUGGAAGCCGUCAGCAGCAUCCUUUCCUACGGCUACAUGGAUAAGAAGAAACUGGCGGUCUUGAGCAGCAAGCGGGCUUUUGUGGAGCCCAACCUGCCGACCCCGCAGCCUUCUGACUCGGACAGCGAUGACUCGGAUCUCCCACUCCGGAAGCGAGUCUGCCGUCCACAGCCGGAUUGUGAACUCGCCAGAAUGCUGUUGUCGAGCACACCUCCCCGCACCCCCAGUCCUGUCGAGUCCAAGGUGACAUCAGUCGCGGUCUCUGUCAUAAUGAAGGUUAACAAGGAUGGUGUGUGCUCUUCUGAACCGUUCGCCAAUGUUGGAAACCAGAGGAGGUCUGAGGAGAUCUUUCCUACUGCCGCCAAAUGCAAUACAAACGAUUCCAAAUAUUCUGCCAAAAUCUUCUGUGAUAUUACCGAUGAUUCUGUGAGGAAGCCACCAAAUUGUGUUGAUUCAAAAUUAGCAGUGACGAAUACGAGUGUUACUACUGCAUCAUCGGAGAGAUUUGUGUCUUCCCAAAAUAUACUGAAGAGUAUUAAAUUUAAGAUGAGUACAAGGAAGGAAGAGAUUAUUGUGGAGAAUAAGGAUACGUUUCGGGACUCCUCGGUGUCGGCAGUGAAAGGAUGUUCAUCCCAGCCAUCUUCGCCUCCAUCGGUGAACACCCUUGCCCAGAGCAGGCUGCAGCCUGCACCAACACUUCCAUCUCAGCCAUCUUCGCCUCCAUCGGUGAACACCCUUGCCCCCGGCAGGCUGCAGUCUGUUCCACCACCACCAUCGGCAACUCAGAGGACCAUAGCCAUCGCUCCAAAGCCUUUCUACCCUAUAGUCACCGUCCCGGACACGCAGACGGUGAUUCUCUCGGGAGGAACACUCAUCCCGGUCAACUCCUCGAGUCCCUACCUGCAGUCACAGCCGGUCACCGGAUCUCUCAUUCCGGUCACGACCGCUUCUAAGUUGUCCAGUCCAUCUGCCCCCGUGGCUCAUGUAGUACUGUCCCCUCCAGGAUCCCCGGAGAUGCCCAACAUCUGCCCGUCCUUCGUCUUUUUCACCGCCAACCCCUCCCCUGUGGAAGACAAGGAUCACAACGCAGACCCUCGCCGCAGAAUCUUCGAGUGCGAACAUGAAGGCUGCGGCAAGAACUACUUCAAGUCUUCCCACUUAAAGGCUCACAUGAGAACACACACAGGUGAGAAGCCGUUCGUCUGUCAGUGGCCAGAGUGCGGUCGUAGGUUCUCUCGCUCCGACGAGCUCUCAAGGCACAAGCGAACGCACACUGGAGAGAAGAAGUUCGUAUGCAGCGUGUGCAGUCGGCGCUUUAUGCGCUCUGACCACCUGGCCAAGCAUGCCAAGCGCCAUGCCAAGGAUGGUCCUGCUCCCUCCUCCCCCUCACCACUACAAAUAGGACUGAUGAUUCCCGCUCAGAGCACUGCAUGAGCAGCCUACUGAAUCAAAGUUACCUAAUAGUCCUGAAAUACUCAAAAUUAUCUUAAGGUGUUAUCUCUUUUUCUUCUUCCUCAGUAAUAUCUGAGCACAAAUAAAACGUGUGUUUAUUUUAUAGUGGUACUGAUUUUGGGUCAUGUUCAUGGUUUUCAUUUCAUUGCAUCAAUUUGGUCACGUAAUUCAUAAAAUGGUCGGUAUAUAUAUAACGUUAUCAAAGUAAAAUCCUAAGGGGAUGAUAUUUUUGCAUGUUGGGUGAUUCUAUUUAAUUUUGUGGAAGAAAAAAUAAUGAUGUGUUUUGAAGUAUUUUAUUAAAAUGGGUUUUGUUCAUGCAUUCUUCUGUAUUGCUUAAUGGAAUGCUCAACGUUAAUUGCGUCAAAAGAGUUAAUCUGUACAUUUCAAGACUUAUGUAACAUUGGAAAACAAGUCAAUGAAGAUUCAAUUGGUACAUUAAGAUAAACAGCCAAGAUUAUGAAUUUUACAAACACGUUUUGCAAUAAAAAAGGUUAUCAUGAACUAUCUCUGAUUAUGUAUUUUGACUGCACUGAACUCUUGUGUUGAAAUCUUUAGAAAUAUCGCCUCUUGUGUAAACUGCAAUUUCUGCAAUAGUAGUAUAUUUUAAGUCAACAUCUUCUCUGUCUUCCAGUACCUUUUCUAUUUAAAUCUUUUCAUUCGUUUGUGCAUUUUUGAAGUAAUUUUGUACCUGAUGUAUUAUGAGUAGCCCUAGGUUUAAGUGUGUAUGACUUAUCUAUUGUGAUAAUCUUAUAAUAACAUUGUGUUAUAUUUAACAAAUAGUUUUGAUCCAUUGCUGUUGAUUGUUAUCAAUUUUUGUUCCUAUGUUUGUUAAUUUUAUUUGAACUCGUCAUAUUAUACCAUUCCCUUUUUGUUUAUAUUGAAAAGCGAAUACACAAUAGUAAUUCAAUCACAACACCCUUUUUAUCAUAAUGUGAAUUUUAUGAUUUUCUAUUUUGUUUUUGUGUAAAUUCUAUUCGACGUUUCAUCAUUUAGGCCUAACAUUUUACAUGACCUAUGUGUUAAUGUAUCGAGCUCAAAGUCUUUUCUAGGCCAAAAAUUCAAUAAAAUGCACUUAAGAAACAUUUGUAGAAGACUUUCAAAAUAAGUUUUGUGACAUGUAUCAAACUUCUAAAUGUGUAUAUGACUUUUAUUAGGUUAAUAGUAUCUUAGACUUCAGUAGUGAACCCAGGCCAGUAAUUGUUACUAAGAAAUCUUGUAGUUAUUGCACUUUUUACUACUGUUUAAUAAUGUUUUACAUACAUAUAUAAUUUUCCACUUACUCAAAUUGUGAUAAUUGUGAUUUGAAUUUGUAUCGAGCUUUUUUAAUAAGCUUCACACUUUUAUACAAAACAGACUGCAACGUUAAAAUAAAGUAUUUAUUUGAAUGUCUUAAAUAGCUGUAAAAAGUUUAGUAGAGUAGAGGUUUUAUAAUUUGUAUGAUUGUUAAUUAAUUGUUUAAACAAUGGAGAAGUUUAUUUUAUAGUACAUAGUAUUUAAAGUAGUUACUUGUUUUGUCUUCCGACAUCACUCUGUUUACAAUAAAAUCAAUACUUUUCAAA